UCUCCUGCUGCUAGCUUAACUUUCCUCUGGGAGUCUAUUCGCUCUAAGAAAACAUCACAAAAACAAGUUGAUAAUCUGUUUUGCACUCAUGAUGAAAUGCAGGCAGCUACGAAGGAUCAAGCAGAGGAAGCCCCAUCGAUGUUGUGGGGACUGGACCCGAUAUUUUCUGCCUUCGCCAAGCUGUAUGUUAAAGACAUCCUGGAGAUGACAGAGUCCAUACAGGUGCCAGGAAUUUACUUCUACAACUCACAUCCAAUCUACAAAGUUGAUGUUCUCGGGACAGUGGUUUAUAAGAGAGAAAGAGAAGACUUCUUCUGUUAUGGAGUGGAUGAUGGCACUGGUGUUAUAAACUGUUUAUGCUGGAAAAAUGACCUUUUGAAAGAGGAGGGGGAUACUACUAAAUCAGGGGGAAAACACAGUGAUGGGGUUCAGGGAGGCUUUAACCCAGUCGCUGAGCUGGCGAAGCUGAGACAAGCCCAGCGGAGCCGCUGCCACCUGGAGAUUGGAGAACUGCUGCGAGUCAGGGGACCGGUGAAGACUUCGAGGCAACAGCGAGAAAUCAUGGCCUCAGUCUACUAUAAAGUGAACGACCCAGUGAUGGCCGUCCAGAUAGCAUGGAUGAUGGAGGUUCCUCAGCUCUACAGACAGUGCUAUGACAAACCAUGCCAGCUGCAGCCGAAUGCAACAAGCUCAGCCCUCAGUCCCCUCUGCAAGGCAACAAAUAUCAUCAAAGACUUUGUCAAGCAGAAGUCAGUGAGCAGGUUCAGACCAUAUGAUGUUCUGGACCUCCUGCAGCCUCUGAUCUCCAGGCAGCCUCAAACAGCAUCAGCAGAUCAGGAGCCUGUGGCAGGUCCGUCUCUUUGCCAGCAGCUACGCCAGCUCCUGAAGGAGGCCCUUCAGGUUUUACAGGAUGAGGGUAUUGUGUACCGCAAAGUGAAAUCCCAGGAUGAAGUCUACCAUGUGACUGCAGAAGACAAAGAUCUGCUCAUGGCAGUCAAAGACAUUAUCAGGGAAGACUCAAAGAGGGAGAAGUAUGCAGAAAAGGGCUGUCACAUCCUGCACAUCCUGUCUGCUGUCAGGCAGCGCUACAGCCUCAAUGUGAGCAAAGCAGCACUGGAGCUGGUCCUCAAAUCACUGGAGUGCAACAGUGACAUUGUCAGCACCAGUGACAACCAUUACACAGCUUUUUAGCCAAAGGACAGUUGGGCUGUUACUGCAUAUGAUGAGUGCAGUAUGGCCUAUUGCUCCAAAUGUGAGCCUAAACCAAUCAUGGCAUUUAUUGUGAUUUUUGUUAACUUAAGUACUUCUCUCAUUAGGGUAUCUCCAACAGUUUUUUUCUAAUAACACACACACACAAUUUGUACAAUGAAAAGUUUAUGAAACGUAUGUAAAAUAAAAAUCUUAAAAAAAUGUCAGGUAUGAUUUCAGACACUCUAUGUCUUCCAAAGUUUUAACUCUUUCCAUUAGUUUUGUACUUUUAAAAUGGAUUAAAGAGAGAAAUAG